CAAUGGUACCAAGAUUUGCUGAGUUCCGUACAAACACGUUAGAUGGUUUCGGUUCGCUUCUUGUAGCACACAUGUGUUUACGGGUACCGAGGUUUGGUCCUGAACGGCUCCGGUAGCUCGAGACCGGCUGCUGUUCGGCGCAUUAGCGCUUAGCAUUAGCGAGUUGUGUGAGCGGAGCUGCAGCUCGACAUGUCCGGCGUGGCCGCGGCUGCUGCCGCCUGCGCUGGCGGCUCGGGCUCGGGCGCGGCAUGUGGCGCUGCGGGGGUCGCCGGCCGGCUGCCGAGCCGCGUUUUGGAGCACAUUUUCUCUUAUCUGGAGCUUUCGGACGUGAUGCGCUGCUCGCUGGUCUGCUGGCACUGGAACAGCUGUCUGUCGGAUGAGAACAGUGAGGUGUGGAGGAGUCAGUGCUCGCGGUUACUCAGCGAAGAGGCGCUGCGCUCAGACAUCCUCUGUAAUCUCACCUCGUACAAAGGAAAAUUGAAGUCAUUUCAGCAUGCCCUGAGCUCCCACGACUGCUCCAGGAAUGUGUAUAUAAAGAAAAAUGGAUUCACACUCCACCGUAACCCGAUUGCUCAGAGUACCGAUGGUGCUCGUGCAAAAAUCGGCUUCUCGGAGGGCAGGCAUGCCUGGGAAAUCUGGUGGGAGGGGCCGCUGGGCACAGUGGCAGUGAUUGGCAUCGCGACCAAAAGGGCACCCAUGCAGUGCCAGGGCUAUGUUGCACUGCUGGGUAGUGAUGAUCAGAGCUGGGGCUGGAAUCUUGUUGAUAAUAACCUGCUUCACAAUGGAGAGGUCAAUGGAAACUUCCCACAGUGCAAUAACGCACCCAAGUACCAGAUAGGAGAGCGAAUACGUGUGAUUCUAGACAUGGACGACAAGACGCUGGCGUUCGAACGAGGGUUCGAGUUUCUCGGCGUGGCGUUCAGGGGUUUGCCCAAGACCUGCCUGUUUCCGGCCGUUUCUGCUGUUUAUGGCAACACUGAAGUCACAAUGGUGUACCUUGGAAAACCUUUAGAUGGCUGAGGAGCAUCUCAGUGCCAUACUCACAAAAUCAAAAGCCAAGGAGACAUCCAGAUGGCAAAAUAAUGACUCUGAGCAGUCCACAGUGUGAGGGCCGAUUCAUAUGGGCAGAAAUGUGCAGAUUAUAAACCGGGAUUAUGGGGUGAGACUCUCCAAAGCAUGACUCAGUGGUCUCAGGAUGGCUGGGGACAAUUAUUUUUAAAGCUGAUUUUAAUGUAAUUUAUGACAAGACACUGGACAAUGUCUCAUUUAUAGCUUAUUAAUCCAGCCUGAUUCAGUGGCAGGUGUGAACCGUUAAUAACAAGUGAAAGAAUGAAUUUCUAAACACGUUACAGCGAUGACUGACUGUAACUAUUGCAUUUAUACAGUAACUGGACAGUUUUAGAAGUAUACUCUGCACCACAAAUGCAAUCCGUAGGCAAACGACAUGCCAAAAACAAUGUUCCAAUUACCUCUACGCAGCUCGACCAUUUUUAACUUAAAUACAAGACUUCACUAGAGUUAGUGCUUUGCAUGCAGUGUAGUUGAAGCUGUCUGUUGCCAUUGGGUUUUGUGCAGGAAAUCCAAAAGAAAUUGUCAUGUUUAUGGAAUACUUAAUUGUGAUGUACUAGUAUAUGAUAUUAAUUUAUUAGGUUUUAUCCUUGUUACCAUUGAGGUUAUGGGGCCAGUAAAUAAACUAUAUUGUGCCAGUCUGAUCAAAUGUACAA